UAUUAGGGCUGGAAUCGAAACCAGUUCCCUGGAACCAGUGCAGCCUGUUAGGCAUUUUUGAUAGUCGUGCACAAGAUGGAGAACGCGCUAUUUGCGAAUAUUAAGAAGCUUUACGAUCACAAGCUUUACGAGUGCGUUAUUCCAGCGGCGAAACUGCUGAAAACCGUGCUGAAGAAUGAUCGCUAUGUGGCCACUCUGGAGGUUGAAUACCAGGUGCAGCUCUAUCUAGUGAAUUCGCAAUACAAGGAGCGACACCAUCGCGCAGCUCUGAGGAAUUUUGAGGAGAUUACCCACCAACGGCGACUCAUGGCGCGCCACAAGUACAACUGUUUGGUGGCCAUCGAAAGUUCCUAUCCGGAAUUCGAGGAUGCGGAGCAGCGUCGCCGGGCCGCCGUGUGUUAUCGUGAGAUCGGGAAUCCCGGCAUGGCCGUAUCCACUUUGCUCCAGGUGCCCGCUAAACUGCGUUCGCCGAGUAUGAAUCUCAUGCUGGCCAGGCUGCUGCAUCAAGGCAACGGAUUCGGUUUCCCCAACAAGUCGGACGCCGUGCUCGCCUACAAGGAAGUGCUCCGCGAGUGCCCAAUGGCUCUGCAGGUGAUCGAGGCCCUUUUGCAUCUGGGAGUCGAUGGCAACGAGGUCAACUCGCUGGUGAUGCACGCUGCCGCGAUGCCAGGCAACUUCGACUGGCUGAGCACGUGGAUCAAGGCCCUCGCCCAGAUGUUUGACUGCAAGCACUUGGACGCGGCCCGCACUUUCCAGACGCUGCAGGACACCACCACGCUGCGGUGCAAUGAGCACCUGAUGAUGGCUCUGGGCAGGUGCUACUACUACCACGGCAACUACUGUCAAGCGGAGCAGCUCUUCGCGGCGGCGAUUGAUACCAAUCCGGACAACGUGGAGGCGAUCGGACUGCUGGCGGUGGUCCGUGGACAGGAGGCCAGUGAUGGCAACUCGGAUAUGGAUCGCCUGUAUGCACAGGUGACCUCCGAUGUCAAAUACACUGCAAGUCAUUGGUUUGUCCAUGCUCUCAUGAUGUACGAUUUGGAGAAAUUCGAGCGGGGCUUGAAUUUCGUAAAUCAAUGCCUUAAUGCGGAGCCCCGUCACCACGAAGCCCUAAUCCUGCGCGGCCGCCUGUUGAUCUCGUUGGAGCGGCACAAGGAGGCGGCGGAGGCCUUUCGCACAGCACAAACUGUGGUACCAUAUCGCUUCGAGGUCUACAGGGGACUCUUCCACAGCUAUUUGGCUCAGAAGCGAUUCAAGGAGGCCCAUGCCAUAUGCAACUGGACACUACGCAUCUUUCGAAAUUCGCCCAGGAGCCUAACGAUGUUUGGUCGCACGCUGUUUCAUUCACCGGAUCCGAAGAUUAAAAAGACUGCCCGCAAGUUUGCCGAAAAGUCACUGAAGAUCGAUCCCAACUACACGCCGGCGGUGGCCCUAAUGGCCGAUAUCUGUCAACUCGAGGGUGCAACCCAGACCUCCAUUAAACUGCUCGAGGAUCACGUUUCCCUCUUCCCGCAGGGCAAUCUGUUCACCCAUCUCGGCGAUAUACUGCGAGCUCAAAAGGAACCCAUCAAGGCGCUGGAGUACUAUUACAAGGCAUUGGGCAAAAAUCCCAAGUGUGAGCGCACUUUGCGAGGAAUCAGUUUAUUGAGUAGUUCCAAUUGCUUUGAUAAAUCGCCUGUCCUGGACGAAAGUGGCGCCAUUAAGGUGGUUAACCAGCCAUCCACCAAUGGACUGGCCAGGCCCUGUGGCACAUCGAAUGCGGAAUGGAUGACUGACGAUUGUGACGAAAACUCUCGAGAGGCAUCCUCCUCACCAGCCGCAAGGACAGGUCAGGAGGGAGGCGGUGGCUCCGGAGAUGGUUCCGUUUGGCACGACGUCGAUGCGGAAAUGUUAGCCAUCGAAUUUGAUGGGCAUUGAGUUAGGUUUUUGCUAACGUCGUAUUUAAUAUUAUAUAUUUUCUAGGAAAUGUUUAUUGUAUUUUGUUAAAUGUACCAAAAAAAGUUCAGAUCUGUAUUUAAAUGUACCAAAAAAAAAGUUCAGAUAUAUUUGUAAUAAGAAAAG